AUGGAAGAAGCUACAAAUGUUGUAUUAAAUGAAAAUUGCUCGAUUGUUAUGCUCAACAAGUUACCAAUGAAAAUGGGAGAUCCAGGAAGCUUGACACUUCCUUGCCAAUUCGGGAAUCUAGCAACAAGUCAUGCUCUAGCCGAUUCGGGAGCUAGUGUGAAUUUAAUGCCCUAUUCUUUCUAUAGUAAGUUGAAUAUUCCGGAGCCAACACCAAUACACAUGGCUAUUCAUCUUGCCAACAAGAUGGUGACAUUCCCGCGAGUUCUUGACAUUGAGGAGGACAAUCAAGUUCCUAUAAUUCUCGGGAAGCCAUUUUUUAGCACCGCACGAGCAUUAGUAGACAUUAGAGAAUCAAAACUGACCAUUCGAGCGGGAGAAGAUGCAAUAACUUUUGGAGUUGAUAAAGCGAUGAAACACUCGAAGAUUACCGAUGAUAUGGUGUUCUCAGUUGACACUUUUGAUGCAUUCACGGAUAAAUAG